AUGGCUUCUAGUGGAGUCAGUUCCAUUCACAAAAUUGGAGGGAAGCUAAACUCUACAGGCUACCAGGAAAUCCUUGCCAACAAAAAGUUGCCUGACGCUUACAUUUUGAUCGGUGAAGAUUUCAUUCUACAACAAGACAACGCCCCCAUCCACAUUGCGUUUUCGAUGGGAAAGUGCCUUUGUGCUAAAGACGUCACUGUUCUUGAGUGGCCAUCUCGCUCUCCAAAUGCCAAUCCAAUAGAACAUCUGUGGCACUGGCUGAAAGUGAAGGCUGUCAAAAACACCAUGAAAUGUGCAACAGAAUUAGCUAAUGCUGUGAGAAAGAGAACAAAAGUCAGUUCAUGCGUUGAAUUCGUGUUGACAAAAGUUGACGCAAGUGAAUCAAUCAACUUCUUGCUGUGUCAGACACCAAUCAAACCCUAUCAAUUGUGUUUUAGACAUUAUGAACGGGACAACAGUGUGAAUGAUGAAUUCAGCAAAAACAAUCAGAUCAGACCACAGGAAGUGAAACUGUUAUUAAGAAAAGGUCAAAGUGAAAAAAUUGAAGUAACUGUUAAACGAGCAGCAGACUAUCCAGUUGAUCUGUAUUACUUAAUGGAUGUGUCUAACUCUAUGAAGGAUGAUUUGGAGAAAUUGAAAGGCCUUGCCAAGAAUCUAACUGCAACACUUGGCAACCUUACUAAUGACUAUCAAGUUGGGUUUGGAAAGUUUGUAGACAAAGUAACACUGCCGUUUGUUGACACAUAUGGACCUCGACUGGAUGAUCCUUGCAAUGAUAACUGUGAACCAGCAUUUUCAUUUAUAAAUUCACUGCCUUUGAACAGUGAUGAAGCUGUCUUUGAGGAAGGAAUAUUGAAAGAGAAGACUUCAGGGAAUCUCGAUCGUCCUGAAGGACUACUUGAUGCUCUAAUGCAGACUUCUGUAUGUACAGAGGCAAUAAGAUGGAGACGGGAUGCAUGGCAUUUGGUUGUCAUGGCAACAGAUGAUCAAUAUCACACUGCGGGUGAUGGAAAGUUGGGUGGCAUUUAUACUCCUAAUGAUGGCAAAUGCCAUCUUGACCACAAUAACAGAGGUGGCAAAUACACCAAUGCUACAGAAUGGGAUUAUCCCUCUGUCAGUCAAAUGAGGAAGGUGCUGUUUGAUAAUAAAAUUAUUCCAAUGUUUGCCGUAGUAAAUGAUGUUCAACCUUUGUAUCAGGCACUGAGAAAUGCUUUAUUGCCUGUAAGGGGCUUCAUUGGUGAACUGGAUAAGGACUCUAGCAACAUUCUCGAAUUAAUCAGGAGAGGCUAUGAGGAAAUAGCCAGUGAGGUGUUUUUGACAGCAGCUAAUAUACCUGAUGCAGUGCGAGCUGAUAUCAAAGUGGUUAAAUGUGUGGGUAAGAAUGCAACGGCAGUAGAGUCUUCAGAUUCUCAUGGUUGCACAGGAAUAAAGGAAUCUGAAAAGGCAGUCUUUGAAGUUACCUUAGAGCUGCUGGAGUGUGUUUCUGAUUCGCUUAAUGUUUAUAUUGAUGCUGGGGCGUUUGGACGAACACAAGUUACCAUCGAACCACUCUGUAGCUGUUCAUGUGAAGUGCCAGCAAGCACAGAAGAAAAUUCUGAUAAAUGUAGUGGACAUGGCAAGCUUCAAUGUGGUAUUUGCAUAUGUUAUGGAAACCGUGCUGGGGAGAUUUGUGACAAGGAGUGUGACCCUACAGAUAAUGCUGCUACUAUUGGGUGUAAGCCAACUAAUUCUACAGCAGCAACGCCUGGAUGCUCAGGUCAUGGUCGAUGUGUGUGUGAUGAGUGUAUAUGUGAUGUAGAUGAUAAGGGUCGUCCUUUGUAUGCUGGAAAGUAUUGCCAGUGUCCACAGCUAUAUUGCGCUCGUGAUAAACAAGGAAAAGAAUGUGGAGGCGAAGAGCAAGGAGUGUGUGUGUGUGAUCGACCUGACUGUAAAUGUGAAUGUCAAUGUAAGAGUGGCUGGAAAAAUACAAUCUUCAAUCCAACAUGCGAAUGUUCUACUGAUACAUCAGGUUGCAUGGAGAGUGGUGAGCUCUGCUCAAAACAUGGGACAUGUGACUGUGAUGGGCAGUGUGAGUGCAACGAAGGGUUUUACGGGAUAUACUGUCAGACAUGUGUGAGUUGCCCGGAUGUUUGUCGAUUAGAUGGGCUGGAAGAAUGUGUUGCUUGUUCUAAGUCACAAGGUGGCUGUGUAAACUCUAACUGCUCAUCAUUCAUUUUACAUGAGACGCUAAGAAGUGAACCGAAGGAUGACUAUAGAAUUAUCUCUACAGAGGGACCUGAGAAUACAGUAAGGUGUGAAUUGAAGAAUGCAGACAACUGCAUUUACGUAUUCUAUAUCACUGAGCGAGAAAUAGAUGGAGCAAGGAUAGUUGAGGCACUUGCUGAUGGUCUUGAAGAUUGUCCGACACCAGUUGACGUUGUUCCCAUUGUUGCUGGCAUAGUGGGUGGGAUAUUUGCAAUUGGAUUAGCUCUUCUGUUUAUCUGGUGGAUACUUAUGCAGAUUGCAGCGUUCCGGGAAUACAAGGCAUUUGUUAAAGAACAAGCGAAUGCUAGUUGGAACCAGACAACAAGUCCGCUGUAUGAGCCUCCAAGUCAGAAGUAUUUGAAUCCAACUUACAAGGGAAAGUCGCAGAAAUCACAAAACUAAAUUAAAUUUUAGAAUUAUAGGUAAAUGUGUUCAGAUCAGUAGUUUUAGUUGCUUAUCAUAGGCUUAGAGGACUGCGUUUCUGAGUCAAGAUGCAUGAAACGAGUUUCUUGUAUUGUGGUAGUCAGACCUUAUGUCUUUUCUUUAGUGCAGCUUGUUUCCAAACGGAAUAGUCACAAUAUAGCAUCAAUAAUUAUGGAUACUGUA